GCCAAGCCCUACCAGUCGGAGUGUUGGAGGAGCUUCCCCUGAGCCUCGGCUCGCUGCUGGCUUCGAGAAAAACUUGGCGGCCAGUGACCGGAGCUUAGUGGGUGCAACCUGCAAUCGUGGUGAAACCGGCAAGGGGGACAUCUGCGUACAGAAAAGAAGGGUUGAUGGCAAACAGGACCAUAUUUGGAGCUGAAAUGGAAGAAGCAUUUGGCAAGCCAAUGAGAGACCAGGUCACAGGGUCACAUUUGACAGAAGACAGUCCAAAAACCAAGAAGUGCACAGUGAUUGGAGGCUCUGGGUUCCUGGGGCAGCACAUGGUGGAGCAGUUGCUGGCAAGAGGCUACACCGUCAAUGUAUUUGACAUGAGGCAGGGUUUCGACAAUCCCCAGGUGCAGUUCUUUCUGGGUGACCUCUGCAGCCAACAGGACCUGUACCCAGCUGUGAAAGGUGUAAGCACAGUUUUCCACUGUGCAUCACCCCCACCAUCCAGUAACAACAAGGAAGUCUUUUAUAGAGUGAAUUACAUUGGCACCAAGAAUGUCAUUGAAACUUGCAAAGAGGCUGGGGUUCAGAAACUCAUUUUAACCAGCAGUGCUAGUGUCAUCUUUGAGGGCACUGACAUCAAGAAUGGAACUGAGGACCUCCCUUAUGCCACAAAACCCAUUGACUACUACACAGAGACAAAGAUCUUACAGGAAAGAGAAGUCCUGGGUGCCAAUGAUCCUGAGAGGAAUUUCUUAACCACAGCCAUCCGCCCCCAUGGCAUUUUUGGUCCAAGGGACCCCCAGCUGGUCCCCAUUCUUAUCGAGGCAGCCAGAAAAGGCAAGAUGAAGUUCAUGAUUGGAAAUGGGGAGAACUUGGUGGACUUCACCUUUGUGGAGAACGUGGUCCAUGGACACAUUCUGGCUGCAGAACACCUCUCUCAAGACAUGGCCUUGGGUGGGAAGGCAUUCCACAUCACCAAUGAUGAACCCAUUCCUUUCUGGGCAUUUCUGUCCCGCAUCCUGACAGGCCUCAAUUAUGAGGCCCCCAAGUACCACAUUCCCUACUGGGUAGCCUACUGUCUGGCUAUGCUGCUGUCCCUCCUGGUGAUGGUGGCCAGUCCUGUCAUCCAACUUCAGCCCACUUUCACACCAAUGCGGGUUGCACUGGCUGGAACCUUCCACUACUACAGCUGUGAGAAAGCCAAAAAGGUCCUGGGCUACCAGCCACUGGUCACCAUGGACGACGCCGUAGAAAGAACUGUGCAGAGCUUCCACCACCUGCGAAAGGUCAAGUGAGGCCCCCAAGACUGGAUCCUCUGGUCACAUUCCCUCACCAGUAGCUCUCCUCUGUGGAUCAAUAAACUAACCUCCUUCAAGUAAGUUUAUUCUGAGCUCAGGUCCCUCUUGCCAGUUGGGUGAGAGCACACUCAUCCUUUCCAUGACCACAACUGGGGCAAAAACAGCAGACACUUAUCUCUUUGUAGGAUCAGAUUUGGUCUUCUUGUAGCAGGCAGCUUUGUAUUCUAUUGUUUUGUGUUCUCUUCCAUCACCCCUCUCUCCUGGGUUCCUUAUCAUUCCACUGUCCUUGCACAUAAUCAAGGAAGCUAUAAGGAAUAAACAACCCCUUUCUAAUGGAAGAUGGAGAAGUCGAUUUGUUUCCAUGCAAACCAAUACAAGAGGAGAAGCUGCAGACUGUUCAAGGAGCCACAUACUACAAAUAUCCUAGAAGAAAAACAAGUUAGAACCACACGGUGAGACAUCGUGUGUACAUUUUAAGUAGACACAGAGUUUGGAGAAAACCUUUCUAAAAGCUUAAAACUUUCUGUCAUGGGCAAAUUUCUUGUUAUCAGCAGACUCCCAUUGUCCUGAGUGGCACGGUGGUGUUCUGUCCCUGUGGCAUGCUGUUUCAGCUGUUUAGCUACUCUCCUGAUGUAGGACAUCUGGCUACUUGACAGAAAGGUCGGACAGAGGAGAGCUGCCUUUAUCUGCUUGGAGGCUGGGCAGAAACUCCAUAAGCUAGUACAGAAAGGGCAACUUCCCUCAUAGAACCCUUCACACUCAGAACCCUUCUGGCCAGUUUCCAGAAGGCCUAGCACAUACAAUGAUUUAGCAUUCUCUAUUUCCUGGUAAUGCUCUGGUUAUAGAACCUGGUUUCUUCUUAGACUAACUGACAUGUAAUCUUAAAGAUUUCUGUUUUCUUCUGUGCUUUUGUCCAAAGUUGGGGAGGCUAGAAUAAAGACAUUGUAUGUGCCA